UCAUUAUAACAGGCCGCGGGAAAAUUAGAGAGGAGAAUCUAGGGUUUAGUUUGUUUGUGUUCUUCAGCUGUUAGAGGAGAUUAGCUAUUUUUCUGUUCGAUUUGGACUCGUCUCAAGGGUUCUUUUUCUUCUUUGAAUUCUGUUAAUCUCUUACCGAGGUUGAAUAGUGACUUAACAGUGAAAAGGAAGGAAAUAUAAGCUUGUGAUCAAGAGAAAGAUAACUACUGGUCCACAACAAGUACCUUCAGUUUCUAGCACCCAACGACCAUUUUGUUUGUAUCAGAGUUGCAGAAUAUAGUCGAGUGUAGAGCCUAAUUUUCUACAGCUGCUCCUUCUACAGAUGCUCCACCAUUAGUUAUCAACUUCGCUGGCGACUUGAUUAAGGAAAAUCAACAAACUCCCAAAAUAAGUACUGCAUCUCAUCAGUAAUCGAAAGAAUCAGCCAUGAAAUCAUACGAUGUGGGUGGAACCUCUCUUUCUCUCGCCCUUUACAAAGACGUUACCAAUUCCAAGGAACUCCUAAAUUUGAUGCACGCUGGAACACUAGAUCCCGAAGUAGCAUUUCUUAAUGCAUCACUUAUACCGGAUAUUUUUCCCCUCCUAGCAGCUGCGCAGAAGACUCUUAUUGCCAAAUCAAGAGACUCACUGACCACACGUACUGUUCAUUCUGAGCUCGUCUUCAACUACUCAGGAUCUAAGCAUAUCACGGAAUCACUGAAAAGAUGUGGUAUCUCCGAAUCCACUACCUAUGUUCUUGCUGCCCAGUUUGCUUCUCCUGAUGAGAUGAAAGCUGUUGACAAGCUUAUAGAUGGGAAAGAGAUUGACUUGGAAGAGUUGGCAACAGGAGCAAACAACGCCCAAAUCCAGAAGCACUUCAAAAUAUCUGGUCUGGAACUUGGAAUAUCAACACUUGCAGAUGCCAUCACAUGUCGAAUCGCUGCAUGAGAUGCCUUGUGAGGAGGACACCCUUAAGAGGGGUUCUCUAGUUUAAAAACGAUCCUUGCUAUCUUUUCUAGGUGUCUUUCUGUCCCCAAUUAUCAAUUGUUUGUAAACUAACAAACAGGGGUGAAGAUGAAAGACUUUGUUAUUUGAAAACUUGUAAACUUAUCAGCUCUGCUAAAACUAAACUCUAAAGAUUUGUUGGUUCUUAAUAGUGAAGUUCCGAGGUUAGUUGAUUCGAUUACCA